ACAUACUCCGGCCUCUUCUGCGUGGUGGUGAACCCCUACCGCCGCCUGCCCAUCUACACGGAGAAGGUCAUCGAGAUGUACAAGGGCAAGAAGCGCCACGAGAUGCCGCCGCACGUCUUCGCCAUCACAGACUGCGCCUACAGGUCCAUGUUGCAAGACCGCGAGGACCAGAGCAUCCUGUGCACCGGUGAAUCAGGCGCCGGAAAGACGGAGAACACCAAGAAAGUGAUCCAGUACCUAGCCUACGUGGCCGCCUCCAAGGCCAAGGCGGGAGCGUCCACGGAUGAGCAGCACACGGGCAACGUCUUCAAGUCCAACAUUGCGGGAGAAUUGGAAGCUCAGCUGCUGCAAGCCAACCCUAUUCUUGAAGCCUUCGGUAAUGCCAAGACAGUGAAGAAUGACAACUCUUCAAGAUUUGGUAAAUUCAUCCGUAUCAACUUUGACAACUCGGGAUACAUCGCCGGUGCAAACAUUGAGACGUACCUGCUGGAGAAGUCGAGAGCCAUCCGCCAAACCAGCGAUGAACGCACAUUCCACAUCUUCUACCAGCUGCUUUCUGGAGCCACUAGCCAGCAGAAGAAGGACUUCAUCCUGGAGGACCCCAAGCACUACAACUUCCUGACCUGCGGCAAGAUGCAGUUGCCAGGCAUCGAUGAGGUCGCUGAGUUCCAGGCUACUGUCAAAGCCAUGCAGAUCAUGGGCAUGAACAAUGAUGAUAUUCAGUCCGUGUUCCGCACUGUGUCUGCUGUGCUGAUGUUCGGUAACAUGCAAUUCAAGCAAGAGCGCAACUCUGACCAAGCCACUCUUCCUGACAACACUGUGGCACAACAGGUGGCUCAUCUGCUGGGUCUGAAUGUGACAGACUUGGUGCGUGGUUUCCUGAAGCCUCGCAUCAAGGUGGGCCGCGAGACAGUCACAAAAGCCCAGAACAGGGAACAGUGUGAGUUUGCUGUGGAGGCCAUUGCCAAGGCCCUGUAUGAGCGCUUGUUCAAGUGGAUUGUGAUGCGCAUCAACAGGUCACUUGAUCGCACCAAACGCCAGGGAGCUUCCUUCAUUGGCAUCCUGGAUAUUGCAGGAUUUGAAAUCUUCGCCAUGAACAGUUUUGAGCAGCUUUGCAUCAACUACACAAACGAGAAGCUGCAGCAGCUGUUCAACCACACGAUGUUCAUCUUGGAACAGGAAGAGUACCAGAGGGAAGGCAUUGAGUGGAAGUUCAUUGACUUCGGGCUUGACUUGCAGCCCACCAUUGACCUCAUUGAGAAGCCCAUGGGUAUCCUUGCCCUGCUGGAUGAAGAGUGCUGGUUCCCCAAGGCCACAGACAAGAGUUUCAUCGACAAGCUCAACAACUCGCACUCAGUUCACCCCAAGUUCUGCAAGUCUGAGUUCCGUGACAAGGCUGACUUUGCCAUCGUGCACUAUGCAGGGAAGGUAGACUACUCUGGCCAUCAGUGGCUCAUGAAGAACAUGGACCCCCUGAAUGAAAACAUUGUCUCACUCCUGCAGUGCUCUCAGGACCCCUUCAUGGUGCAGAUCUGGAAGGAUGCUGAAAUUGUGGGCAUGGCACAGCAGGCAAUGGGAGACAGUCAGUUUGGUGCUCGUACCAGGAAGGGUAUGUUCCGCACAGUCAGCCAGCUGUACAAGGAGCAACUGACCAAGCUUAUGGUCACUCUGCGCAACACCAACCCCAACUUCGUGCGUUGCAUCAUCCCCAACCAUGACAAGCGUGCAGGCAAAAUUGAUGCUGGUCUUGUGCUUGAUCAACUCAGGUGCAAUGGUGUGUUGGAAGGUAUCAGAAUCUGUCGCCAGGGCUUCCCCAACCGCAUUCCCUUCCAGGAGUUCCGUCAGCGUUAUGAGCUACUCACUCCAAACAUCAUCCCCAAGGGCUUCAUGGAUGGCAAGAAGGCCUGCGAGAUGAUGAUCCAGGCUCUGGAGCUUGAACCAAAUCUCUAUCGUAUUGGUCAGAGCAAGAUCUUCCUGAGAGCUGGUGUGCUGGCUUCCCUGGAAGAGGAGAGGGACAUCAAGAUGACAGACCUGAUUGUGCAGUUCCAGGCUUACUGCAGAGGUAUGUUGGCUCGCAAGAACUACCAGAAGAGGCUCCAGCAGCUCAAUGCCAUCAGGAUCAUCCAGCGCAACUGUGCAGCAUACCUCAAGCUGCGCAACUGGCAAUGGUGGAGGCUGUACACUAAGGUGAAGCCUCUCCUUCAGGUGACCAAACAAGAAGAAAAGCUGGUGCAGAAAGAAGAAGAGCUUCGUACCAUCCAGUCUGUGCUGGAGGGCCAGAAGAAGACCAACAAGGAGAUCGAGAUGAAGUUCCAGCAAGCCAUGCAGGAGAAGAAUGUCCUGGCUGAACAGCUCCAGGCAGAAACUGAACUGUGUGCAGAAGCAGAGGAAAUGAGAGCAAGAUUGUUGGCCCGCAAGCAGGAACUGGAAGACAUCCUCCAUGACAUGGAAACUCGCCUUGAGGAGGAGGAAGAGCGAACAGGAAACCUCACUUCAGAAAAGAAGAAGCUCCAGCUGCAGAUCCAGGACUUGGAAGAACAACUUGAGGAGGAAGAAGCUGCACGCCAAAAGCUCCAACUGGAGAAGGUGCAAGCGGACGGCAAAAUCAAAAAGCUGGAGGAGGAUUAUGCUCUCAUGGAAGACAUGAACCAGAAGAUGACUAAGGAAAAGAAGAUGCUGGAGGAGAGGUCAAUGGAUGUUACCAGCACACUAGCAGAAGAAGAGGAGAAGUCCAAACACCUGAUGAAACUCAAGGCCAAGCAUGAGUCCAUGCUUACAGAGCUCGAAGACAGAAUCAAGAAGGAACAGCAAAGCAGGUCAGAACUGGAACGUGCUAAGAGACGCUGUGAGACAGACCUGAACGACCUUAAGGAACAGCUCAAUGAGAAGAAGAAUCAGAUCCAUGAAGUACAAAUCCACCUUGCCAAACGUGAAGAGGAGCUUGCCCAAGCAAUGAUGCGUGUAGAUGAGGAAGCUGCUGCUAAGUCACAGCUGCAGAAGAGCAUGAGGGAGGUAGAAUCCCAGCUGAAUGAGCUUCAGGAGGACCUUGAAGCCGAGAGGAACCUCAGGGCUAAGGCAGAGAAACAGAAGAGGGACUUGAAUGAGGAGCUGGAGGCCCUGAAGAAUGAACUUCUGGAUUCCUUGGACACUACUGCAGCACAACAGGAGCUGCGCACCAAGAGGGAGGAGGAGCUUGCCAGUCUCAAAAAAAGCCUCGAGGAUGACCAGACCAUUCAUGAGCAGCAAAUUGCAGAGCUGCGCCAGAAACAGAGUCAUGCUCUUGAAAAUCUGAACCAAGAGAUUGACCAGCUCAAGAAGAGCAAGAUGACAGUUGACAAAGUCAAGAGUCAACUUGAGGCUGAAAAUGCUGAUCUAGCCAAUGACCUCAAGAGCACCAUACUGAGCAAACAAGAAAGUGAAAAGAAGAGAAAGCAGUGUGAAUCCAUGAUUUCUGACUUGCAGCAAAAGAUUGCGGAGUCUGACAGAACUAAGUCUGACAUGCAGGAACGUCUUGGCAAAUUGGAGCAGGAACUGAAUGCUGCCAACAUGGCCAUGGAAGAAGCAGACUCCAAGGCCAUGUCAGCCAACAAUCAGCUGAAGAGCCUGGAGGCUCACUUGCAGGAGACUCAGGGCUUGCUGGAGGAGGAGACCCGCCAAAAGCUCAACCUCAACUCCCGCUUGAGAGCCUUGGAGCAGGAGAAGGACCAACUGCAGGAAGCUCUGGAGGAGGAGGAGGGAUCCAAGCGCAAUCUGGAAAAGCAGGUCGCCACCCUCCAGGUCCAACUCAGCGAGGCUAAGAAGAAGGCUGAGGAAGAGUCCAACAACUCCCAGCAGCUGGAGGACACCCGCAAGAGGCAGAUGAAGGAGCUGGAGGAACUGCGUGCUCGCCUGGCUGAGCUGGAAGCCACCAACGAGAAACUAGAGAAGAGCAAGAGGAAGUUGCAAGCUGAGCUGGAAGAUGCCCAGGUGGACAUCGAUACCAACAGGGCUAAGGUGGUGGAACUGGAGAAGAAGCAGCGCAACUUUGACAAGAUGCUUAAUGAAGAGAAGAGCAACUUUGAAUUGUGCCAGCAGGAGAAGGAGAAUGCUGAGCGUGAGGCCAGGGAGAAGGAGACCAAGAUUCUUUCUCUUAAUAGGACACUAGAAGAAUACAUGGACCGCAUUGAGGAACUGGAAACAGGCAAGAAGCGACUACAGAUUGAACUGGAUGACCUUAUCUCAACCCGAGGAACAGCUGACAAGAAUGUCCAUGAACUGGAGAAGGCAAAACGUGCUCUGGAGUCCCAGUUGGCUGAACAGAAGACCCAGAUUGAAGAACUUGAGGAUGAACUCCAGUUGACUGAAGAUGCCAAACUUCGCCUUGAAGUCAACAUGCAGGCAAUGAAGGCACAGUUCGAGCGUGAUCUCAACGCACGUGAAGAGCAGGGAGAAGAGAAGCGCCGUGGCCUGCUCAAACAGCUGCGAGAACUAGAGGCCGAACUUGAGGAGGAACGCAAACAGCGCACUGCAGCUGUCACAGCACGUAAGAAGCUUGAGGGAGACCUCAAGGACAUGGAAGGACAGUUGGAGAUGAAUGGCAAGGUAAAGGAUGAUGCCCUCAAACAGCUCAAGCGUGCAGGAGCACAACUGAAAGAAUACCAGAGAGAGGCAGAAGAGAGCCGAGCGUCGCGUGAGGAAAUGUCAGCACAGUACAAGGACCUGGAAAGGAAAAUCAAGAUUAUGGAAACUGAGCUCCUGCAGUAUCAGGAAGACCUCAGUGCAGCAGAGAGAGCACGCAAGAAUGCAGAGAGUGAACGAGAUGAACUCCAGGAAGAGCUCAACCAGUACACAUCCAAGGCCACCCUCAGUGCUGAUGAGAAGAAGAGGUUAGAGGCAAGAAUUUCAUCACUGGAAGAAGAAUUAGAGGAAGAACAAAGCAAUGUCGAGGUUCUCAUGGACAAGAUGCGCAAGAACCAGCUCGCUAUGGAACAGCUACAGACAGACUACAACACAGAGAAGUCAUCUGUGGUGAAAUUGGAAGGACAGCGCUCAAUGCUGGAACGACAGAACAAGGAGCUCAAGGCCAAGCUUGCCGAGAUGGAGGCUGAAGUGCGAUCCAAGACCAAGGCCACCAUUGCAGCCCUUGAGUCUAAGGUCAGCAACCUGGAGGAGCAGCUGGAGGUUGAGGCACGUGACCGUCUGGCACAGGCGAAGGCCAACCGCAAAUUGGAGAAGAAGCUGAAGGAGCUUGUCAUGCAGGUGGAGGAUGAACGAAGACACGCAGACCAGUACAAGGAGCAACUGGAUAAGUCAAAUGCUCGAGUCAAGCAACUGAAGCGCAGUGUAGAGGAGACAGAAGACGAGCUUUCCAAAGAAAAGAUGCAGCGUCGCAAGGCCCAGCGUGAAGUUGAAGACAUGAUGGAGUCGCAGGAGGCUCAGAACAGAGAGAUUUCAUCCCUGAAGACGAAACUCAGGCGUGGCGGUGCUGGGAUCAGUUCCCGCCUUGACUUCCUCGGAAUGAAGCGCGGGUCGAUCGCAGCUGCCAGUGACGACUCACAGAACGCAGACGACUCAGUGGACGGGGAGGAAGAUGCCACCAAGUGAGCAGUCGGCCCACCUGGGCAGAAAGUGGCUGCCCCAGGACACACCUCUGUGUACUGAUCACCCCAGAGAUUGGAAAGGGACUCAAAGGACACUCAUGAAAAGGGGUUGAAAGGAUAUUAAUUUGAUCCAAGAUGGUGAUUUAUAAAAUUUCAAGAGAAUGUGAUUUUUUAAAGAUUAGUAAAAAAGAAAGAAAUUCAGAAGGUGAUGUGUUGCAAAUACGCUUCAUUGUAAGUUAAUAUCUGAAAUGUCAAAAUUGAAAUAGCAGCAUUGUCCUGUGAGCUGCAUUUAUCAACAAAAAUUGCAUACACAGCAGUUUCAUUAUAGUAUGGAUGGUAAACUUUCCUUUGGUUUUCUCAAUGGAAAUAUUUAUAUAUUAACACAAUUUUCAUCUUUCCUGAAAGGAGAAAAUAAAAUAAAAAUUGUAAUGCAAAAUUAGGAAAAUUUGAUUAUAAGAUUAUGUAAAAAUUUCUCCUAAGGUGUGUCUCUAUGUUGAACUAGUUGCCAUAUUAUAGCCUUGCACCAUGAGUGAACUGACAAAUUGUAUUCAACAUUCCAGGAAAAUAGGGCUUAUCAACGUUGGCAUAUUUGUACUUAAUAGUAAGGAGGGAAGAUUAAUUGGAUAGGAUCUAUGGUUACAAAAUGAAAAAUAAUAAAAGCACAAAGUUGCCUCUCCUAAUCCCCAACAAUUUUCUACCCAUAUGAGGAAGCUGGUACAUCAGGUACCAUAAGAUAGCAUGAGGUAGAGAUUAGUUGUUGGGGGUGAGGACCUGGCCGAUAACCUUAGGUGAAUUGGCGUGGAAGGGAACAGCACAGUGGUUGCCAAGCAAUACAGGGCUGUCCCAUUUGAUAGAGGUUGGAUAUACAAGUACACUCGUGGCUGAAGGGUUGGUGUGCACUGCCAGGUAUGUCUUUUCCUCAUGCCUGUGAGAGACGCACACCGACCCUACCACCUGGUGAUGCCAGCAGUGCGAAAGGAGCUCAAUGGCUCAGGCAAUAUUUGCCAAUGGACAUCAAAUGAUAUGAAGUGUGCCUCGGCACACAACUUUUUUUACUGUCAUAAUAGAUUUUCCUAACUUUGUAUCAAACUAACCGUGAAUGCUUCCAAUCUGCUACAUUUGUAUAGAUUAAAUAAUAAUGGAUGAACUAACAUAUUACCAUUAGUUAAGAGCUGCCUAUAUGAUUAUUAUUAUUGUUAUGUAAUAUCAGUGAGUAUCUUGUAUAGUCGCCCGGCCAAUUAGCAAUGCAGUCUUUCUUAUCCAUCCUGUACUCUUUUAUUGCUAUUUUAUUUAGAACUCAUUAACUCUCCUAGUACUUCUUUCUCCUUUUUAUAACUGAUGUUUUUUGUUGCUUUGUUUAUUUAACUUUCUAUUUAGUUGUAUUUACUGGUUGUAAUCUUAGGCUUAUUAUUUAUCUUGAACCUUCCAAGUGACCUUAAAAAAAGCUUAAAAAAAGAAAAAAAAGAAAAAAGAUUUUGACUCAUUGCUCAUCAUCAAGUCCCAAUCUUCUCACUUCUUAUUGUAAAUCAUUCCCAGUUCUGUAGGAAGAGUAUAUGCCUUAUAGAUGUAGAACAAAGCUAGGGGGAGUAAUGAAUAACUAAUUAUAAACUGAAGUAGCCGUAGAGGGUAAAUACGGAAAUGAUAUACACUUGUACAGGGUGGCCAUAAGAAAUGUUUCCCUUUUUCUUUUCUUUUCUUUUUUUUUUUUUCCAAGUAGCCGUAAUGUCUUUUUGAAAUUGUGAUUUAAAAGUAUGAAAGCUUCUAUAAGGUGCUUUGUUUUUGAUAUUGCUAAUGCAUUUGUUAAUUUGAACUUUUUUGAUCAGGUAUCGUAUGAACUAGGAAGAAUUUCAGUCGAGCCAAUUUUUCUAUAUAAAUAAAAGAGCAGGGUACACUAGCUUACCAGUGAAGUUUAGGCCAGAGAAGUUCCAUGGAGACUCGUCAGUUUGGAAGCACAAGUAUAUUCAUGAUUGAGGAUGAUGUAUCUCGAGUCUGGAAAUUGUUUUAUUUUUCUGGCUUUUUUUAUGGUUUUCAAUUGUGAGUCUUAUAAUUUAUCAUAAGUCAAUAACAGGCUCAAGCAAUCUUUACCAAUUUUGUUUUAAGAGAAAUGCCAUUAAUAAGUCUCUCAUUCCAAAAGAAGUGGAGGAAUUAGGUACUGUUAAGAAGAAAUUGUCUUUUUAUUUUUUUAUUUUUUUUUUUAUAAUUGUGUAAUCACUUCAGCAUACCGUAAUGUCUGGGCCUCCUCACACGUGGGGACAUGUACCGUCCAAACACGCAGGAAAAGCCAUAUGCGUGAAGCCCUGCAGUGCCACAGGGCCAUGGCUGGAGUGAUGCUGGUUGUUGUUGUUCCUAUUCAGGGGGAAAAUGUGCCAAGUGCAUUAUUAGUUAAGAGUUGAUCGAUUUACAGGUGAUGAACAACUAACAGAUAUAUAUAUAUAUAUACACACACACAUACACAAAGACAGAACACAUCCGUGGGUCUCCUGUCCCUGAUCUUGUAUUUCUUUUUUAGGGUUUUUAAAGUAGGAGGAGGUUUCCUUGCUCAUGUUCACAUUACGGAUUAUGUCAGAAUGUGUUACACAAUGAUUUGUAUUUUGUAAUGUUACUCUUCUGUGUAUACUUGGGAUGUGCUCCAGCUGACUUGCAAUAAAUGGCCUUGACAAA